AUGGCAAACAAAUACAUCCUUCCUCUGAUUCUUUCUCUUAUAGUCAUCUCCUCUGUUUCAGCUAACUUCCAAAGAGACGUUGAGAUCACUUGGGGAGAUGGUCGUGGACAGAUCACGAACAAUGGAGAGCUUCUCACUUUGUCUCUAGACAAAUCCUCUGGCUCUGGUUUCCAAUCCAAGAAUGAAUACUUGUUCGGCAAAAUCGACAUGCAGAUGAAACUCGUCCCUGGUAACUCCGCAGGAACAGUCACAACACUCUACGUAAGUUACAUCACAAACUAUCUUCAUUAUAUUACAGAACAUUUUGAAUUUCUUGUUUCUAAAAUGAAUUUUUUUUUUUGUUACAGCUAA